AUAAUAUAUAAUGGCAGCUACUAGUAAUACACCUUUUUGUUUAGUAGAUAGAAAUACAUUAAAUGAAAAAGAGAUCUCAAAUAUUAAAGAAACUCUUUACAAAUAUCCAUUAGUUCUUGCAGAUAAGGUUAAAGCUCCAACUCAAGCACAUAUUAAUAAUAUUGGUGACCUUGAUAAAAAACACUAUCCAGAAAUUAAUGUACCAGAAAGAGCUGCUCCAUUUAUUUUAAGAAUUGAUGGUGUUUCAUUAAAACAAGACCCAAUGGACGAAAGCAGAAGAGGACUCGUUUACGAGUUUCCAGUUGAACCUGUAACCAAAUGUACUGGUUCAUUUUUAUCCCCAACAUUAUCUGUUAAAUUUAAAAUACCAGAAUCCUUAAGAAACAAAGCUGUUACCAUAAGAAUCAUGUCCAUCUUUACUGAGGGAAAAAGAGAAGAUUUCCACGUUGAAUUCGGUUACGCUGAAACUGUUCCAUUCGUUAUGGAGCAAAUGAAGGUUUUCAAUAAAUUCGAAACUAUAAAGGAUAAUGUUGUUGAACCAUGCAAAUGUGGAAUUACAACUACAAGACCAUUUCUUGACUAUGGUAAAGAACCUGUAUUAAACAUCACAACAUCAUAUGAACCAAACACAAUUCAUGGCGUAAGAGGUAAAGUUUUAUUUGUUGAACUUAUUUUUACAGAUUUACAAAAAACAAUUAAUAAACCACUUCAAUAAACUUUUUUUUUUUUAUAAAACUUUUUUAUUUAAAU